AUGUCGAGCGAGAAACCGGUUUUGGCACCGUGUUCCGCCUCGCUCACGGACCGAGAAGCCCCAACACAACCACCGGGUUCGGGGCAGCAAGUCGUUACGGGCUCCGUUACCGGGGAAAUGAUGGUGUCUGGAUCAGGCGCCGUGGUUCUACCUGCCGGGGUGAUAAACCCCUCGGUUCCGAUCCGGAAUAUCAAGAUGAAAUUCGCCGUGCUCAUCGGAUUGAUCCAGGUCGGGGAGGUUAGCAACAGAGACAUCGUGGAGACAGUUUUAAAUCUGUUGGUGGGUGGAGAGUUUGACCUGGAGAUGAACUUCAUCAUCCAGGAUGCAGAAAGUAUCGCCUGCAUGGUGGACCUGCUGGAGCACUGUGACGUCACCUGCCAGGCAGAGAUCUGGAGCAUGUUCACCGCCAUCCUGCGGAAGAGUGUGCGUAAUCUACAGACCAGCACAGAGGUGGGGCUCAUCCAGCAGGUGCUACAGAAGAUGAGCUCUGUUGACGACAUGAUUGCAGAUCUCUUAGUAGACAUGCUUGGGGUUUUGGCCAGCUACAGUAUCACAGUGAAGGAACUGAAGCUCUUGUUCAGCAUGCUGAGGGGGGAAGCCGGCGUGUGGCCAAGACACGCCAUUAAGCUCCUAUCAGUGCUGAAUCAGAUGCCUCAGCGGCACGGCCCUGACACUUUCUUCAACUUCCCAGGACGCAGUGCGGCGGCAAUUGCUUUGCCGCCCAUUGCUAAGUGGCCUUACCAGAACGGAUUCACUCUCAACACUUGGUUUCGGAUGGACCCUCUCAAUAAUAUCAAUGUAGACAAGGAUAAACCAUACUUGUACUGUUUUCGAACCAGCAAAGGGAUUGGCUAUUCAGCGCACUUUGUGGGUAACUGUUUAAUCGUGACAUCACUGAAGUCAAAGGGGAAAGGCUUUCAACACUGUGUGAAGUAUGACUUCCAACCCAGGAAGUGGUAUAUGAUCAGCAUAGUCCACAUCUACAACCGUUGGAGGAAUAGUGAGAUCCGUUGUUAUGUCAACGGGCAGCUUGUUUCCUACGGUGACAUGGCAUGGCAUGUCAACACCAAUGAUAGUUAUGAUAAAUGUUUCCUGGGCUCGUCCGAGACUGCGGAUGCUAACCGUGUGUUCUGUGGGCAGCUUGGAGCCAUCUAUGUCUUCAGUGAGGCAUUGAACCCAGCACAGAUCUUUGCCAUUCAUCAGUUGGGACCUGGAUAUAAGAGUACGUUCAAGUUCAAGUCGGAAAGUGACAUCCACCUGGCUGAGCACCAUAAGCAGGUGUUGUAUGAUGGGAAGUUGGCCAGCAGUAUAGCCUUCACCUACAACGCUAAAGCCACAGAUGCACAGCUGUGCCUGGAGUCUUCGCCCAGGGAAAACCCCUCCAUAUUCGUGCACUCGCCACAUGCACUAAUGCUACAGGAUGUGAAGGCUAUCGUCACUCACUCCAUCCAUAGUGCCAUCCACUCUAUUGGAGGAAUCCAGGUUCUGUACCCUCUCUUCUCUCAGCUGGACUACAGGCAACCCAAUGACAGCCCUGUGGAGACAACCGUCUGUGCAACUCUCCUGGCGUUCUUGGUGGAGUUGUUGAAAAGUUCAGUCGCCAUGCAGGAACAGAUGUUGGGUGGAAAAGGCUUCCUUGUUAUUGGCUAUCUGCUGGAGAAGUCCUCUCGAGUGCACAUCACUAGGGCAGUUUUGGAACAGUUUUUGUCCUUUGCCAAGUAUCUAGACGGUCUGACUCAUGGAGCUCCUCUACUGAAGCAGCUCUGUGAUCACGUUCUGUUCAACGCAGCCAUCUGGAUUCACACGCCGGCUAAGGUUCAACUGUCUCUGUACACCUACCUUUCGGCUGAAUUCAUUGGCACUGCCACCAUCUACAGCACCAUUCGUAGAGUGGGCACAGUCCUCCAGCUCAUGCACACUCUCAAAUACUACUAUUGGGCCAGCAAUCCACUAGAGAGUAGCGGUAUUACCCCUAAAGGCCUGGAUGGUCCACGGCCCUCUCAGAAGGAGAUUAUAUCCCUGCGGGCAUUUAUGCUUCUCUUCCUUAAACAACUUAUUCUCAAGGACCGAGGAGUGAAGGAAGACGAGCUUCAGAGCACAUUAAACUACCUGUUAACCAUGCAUGAGGAUGAAAACAUCCAUGAUGUGCUUCAGCUCUUGGUUGCACUCAUGUCUGAGCACCCCGCCUCUAUGAUCCCUGCCUUCGACCAGAGAAACGGAAUACGGGUGAUCUACAAGCUGUUGGCCUCCAAAAGCGAGAGUAUUCGAGUCCAGGCUCUUAAAGUUCUUGGCUACUUCCUGAAACAUCUGGGACACAAGAGGAAGGUGGAGAUCAUGCACACCCACAGUCUCUUUACACUGCUUGGGGAGCGACUAAUGAUGCACACCAGCACUGUGACCAUCACCACCUACAACACACUUUAUGAGAUCUUAACAGAACAGGUUUGCACUCAGGUGGUGCACAAGCCCCAUCCAGAACCCGAUUCUACAGUGAAGAUCCAGAACCCUAUGAUUCUGAAGGUCGUGGCCACACUUCUGAAAAGCUCAUCCCCCAGCGCUGAGCUCAUGGAGGUGCGACGUCUCUUCCUGUCUGACAUGAUCAAACUCUUUAGCAACAGCAGAGAGAACAGACGGUGUCUGCUGCAGUGUUCAGUGUGGCAGGACUGGAUGUUCUCUCUGGGCUACAUUAACCCAAAGAACCAGGAGGAGCAGAAGAUCACCGAAAUGGUCUACAACAUUUUCCGCAUCCUGCUGUACCACGCCAUUAAGUAUGAGUGGGGAGGGUGGCGUGUGUGGGUAGACACUCUCUCCAUUGCCCACUCCAAGGUGACCUACGAGGCGCACAAGGAGUACCUCGCAAAGAUGUACGAGGAAUACCAACGACAGGAAGAGGAGAACAUAAAGAAAGGUAAGAAAGGUUCAGUCAGCACCAUCUCCGGCCUCUCCGCCCAACCUGCCAGUGUAAACGGAAACCUGGAGAUCCGCGAGAUUGAUGACACGUCUCAGACUCAAACGCCAGAGAGCGAGGUGGAUUUCGGAGAGAAUGCAGACUCCCGAAUCCUGCUGGCUGAGGCCAAAGGCCCUGAAGGAGACGCCGAGCAGUCAGCAGCAGGGGUUCGGGUGGAAGUCCACGACUUGCUUGUGGACAUCAAAGCGGAGAAGGUUGAGGCUACGGAGGUCAAGUUGGACGAUCUGGAUCUGUCCCCGGAGGUUCUGGGGGGAGGAGGAGGCAUGGAGAACGGACCCCUGGUGGAGGUCGACUCGCUUUUGGACAGCGCCUACUGUGCAGCAGUUCACAAGCUCAACGGGAGCCUCAUCCCCAAGGAUGAAGAAAGUGUCAUAGGUCUAACUGAAGAUGAUGGGAAUCUAGGUCCUCUGAUCACACUUGCAGAUGAGAAGGAUAGCGUUCCCAGCAACAAUGGCUUCUUGUUCCCCAAGGUGGACGAGAAGCUGCUACCCUCAUUGGCAUCAACGGAAACCCUAGUGCUGCCCAGCCCAGAACAACCCCCUUGUCUGACCACUCCACACAUUACAAAUGCCAGUGACGACCUUAGCCUUUUGGCCCACAUGACCUCUUGCAGUUCAGACUUGGUACAGACCCCAAGAGGCCUCCCAGAGGAUGAUGGGUUUAAGCUACAGAGCUCCCUGGUAGACAUCAGCACAUUGGCUGAGGCUGAGGCUCAGGCUGCAGCCAGGACAGCAGAGUGCUUGGAGCAAGAUUUAGGGGACACCCGGCCAGGGAAGAGUGGAGUGGAUGCUGCCAGUACUACUUCGGACACAGAGAGGUCUGACGAUGGAAAGGACAAAGAGAUGAAGAAAAUUCAGACAACAGCCACCACACAGGCUCUUCAUGGCCGUAUGUCGGGUCAGAUGGAGAGGGACCUCCGUGUGGAUCUGGGUUUCCGAGGCAUGCCAAUGACAGAGGAACAACGGCGGCAGUUCAGCCCCGGCCCUCGCACCACCAUGUUCCGGAUCCCAGAAUUCAAGUGGUCCCCCAUGCACCAGCGCCUUCUCACUGACCUUCUGUUUGCCCUGGAGAGUGAUGUACACAUGUGGAGGAGCCACUCUACGAAAUCUGUCAUGGACUUUGUGAACAGUAAUGAGAACAUUAUAUUUGUCCACAACACCAUCCACCUAAUUUCUCAGAUGGUUGAUAACAUCAUCAUUGCUUGUGGUGGGAUCCUGCCGCUGCUCUCUGCUGCCACCUCUCCAUCUAGUUCUAAGGUUAGCGCAAACCCUACGGAGCUUGAGAACGUGGAAGCAACCCAGGGCAUGUCCUCGGAGACGGCGGUCACAUUUCUCAGCAGGCUCAUGGCCAUGGUGGAUGUGUUAGUGUUUGCCAGUUCUCUCAAUUUCAGUGAAAUUGAAGCUGAGAAGAACAUGUCCUCAGGAGGACUGAUGCGCCAGUGCCUCCGAUUAGUGUGUUGUGUAGCUGUGAGGAACUGUCUGGAGUGCAGGCAGAGACAGAGAGACAGAGGCAGUAAAACCUCUCUGCCAAUCAGCAAGACCCAAGAGAACCUACAGACUGCAGCAGCUGCCAGCAAGACUGUCAUACAGAAUGUCCCUCGUAACCUGUCACCCAUCAAAGACCCAGACAGACUGCUCCAGGAUGUGGACAUCAAUCGUCUCCGAGCUGUCGUCUUCAGAGACGUGGAUGACAGUAAACAGGCUCAGUUCUUGGCUCUGGCCGUGGUCUACUUCAUCUCUGUCCUUAUGGUGUCCAAGUACCGGGACAUCCUGGAACCGCAGCGGGAGAUUGGUAGGUCCAGCAGCCUAUCAGGAAGAAGUAUCCGUCAAGAGAUUAAUUCACCCACCAGCACAGAAAACCCAUCCUCCUUCUCAGAUGGUUUACGCGGAGACCGUCAUGCUGCCACCCCUCUGGAAGAUAUUCACCUAGAGGGCUCGCUGCCUCACACUGACUCUGGCAUAGGGGAGGAGCAGGUCGCCGGUGCCCUCAACGGCUCUGAGCUGGGCGGAGACACUGGAGGUGGGGGCGGGAACUCGGGAGGAGGUCCGGAUGCCAUGAGCGAGUUACUCUGCACGUUGUCCUCUGAGGUGAUGAAGUCUUGUGAGUCCCUGCUGGAGUCACCUCCUGGGGUGGAGGUUCUGAAACCACAUGCCUCGAUCUCUAGCAUCAGCCAGGCCAACAAGGGGAUCAACGUGAAGGAGAUCCUGAAGAGCUUGGUGGCAGCACCAGUGGAGGGGACGGAGGCAGGGCCCGAACCCCAGCCGUACCACCCCGACCCUGCACUGAAGAGGGAAACAGCAGCCAUGCUGCCCAUGCAGUUCCACUCAUUUGACAGGAGUGUGGUGGUGCCUGUUAAGAAGCCUCCUCCAGGAAGCCUGGCUGUGAACACAGUAGGUACACCCACCACUAGUGGAGUGCCCUCAUCAGGAAGCACGCCUAAUAUCUUUGCUGCUGCCACGACAACGCCUAAAAGCAUGAUCAACACAACAGGUGCCACUGAUUCCGCCUCUUCCUCUUCCUCCUCCUCAUCCAGCUUUGUGAACGGUGCCACAAGUAAAAACCUCCCAGCAGUGCAAACUGUUGCACCUAUGCCUGAAGAUACAGUGGAAAGCAUGAGUGCCUUUUGUGAAGUGGACCAGUGUCCACUGCGAACCAGGCUGACGCCUCCAGAACUCAAAUCCUUUAGUUCGCUGACAGGAUUCCAAACAGCCCCCAGAGAUGCAGGACAGUUUCUUAGUAUCACCACUAAACUUGAGCGUGCUCUGGAGAAGGUUGCCCCCUUGCUGAGGGAGAUCUUUGUGGAUUUCGCACCUUUCCUUUCACGGACUCUGCUGGGCAGUCAUGGGCAGGAGUUGCUCAUAGAAGGUACAGGUUUAGUCUGUAUGAAGUCCAGCACAUCAGUAGUGGAGCUUGUGAUGCUGUUGUGCUCACAGGAGUGGCAGAACUCAAUACAGAAGAAUGCAGGCCUUGCCUUCAUCGAGCUCAUUAAUGAGGGGAGACUUCUGUGUCACGCCAUGAAGGAUCACAUUGUCCGAGUCGCCAAUGAAGCCGAAUUUAUCCUUAACAGGCAGAGAGCAGAAGACGUACAUAAACAUGCAGAGUUUGAGUCAAACUGUGCGCAGUAUGCUGCAGACAGGAGGGAGGAAGAAAAGAUGUGUGACCACCUGAUCAGUGCUGCCAAACACAGAGACCAUGUGACCGCAAACCAGCUGAAACAGAAGAUCCUCAACAUUCUGACCAAUAAGCAUGGAGCGUGGGGCACCAUGUCACAGAGUCAGCUGCAUGAUUUCUGGCGUUUGGACUACUGGGAGGAUGACCUGCGCAGGAGGCGUAGAUUCGUUCGCAAUGCCUUUGGCUCCACCCACAUGGACGUGUCACUCAAAUCCCUAGAGGAAUACGGCACAGAGGAAGAAGAAGGGAUGAAAUCAAAGAAGUCGUUCCAUAGCCAUUCAGUGGUCAGUCAAAACCCUGAGACAGAACUCAUGCUGGAAGGAGACGAUGAUGCCGUCAGUCUGUUGCAGGAGAAAGAGAUCGACAACCUUGCAGUGGCUUUUCAUCCAAGAGUAUUUAUCUCAAGAGGUCCAGUGGUUUUGAGCACGGCGGCCCAGCUUGUUGCUCCUGUGAUUGUCGCUAGGGGAACAUUGUCAGUCACCACGACAGAAAUCUAUUUCGAGGUGGACGAAGAUGAUCCAACUUUCAAAAAGAUCGAUACAAAGGUGUUGUCUUACACUGAGGGUUUGCAUGGGAAAUGGAUGUUCAGCGAGAUCAGAGCAGUUUUUUCCAGACGCUACCUACUCCAGAACACAGGAUUGGAGGUCUUCAUGGCCAACAGGACAUCUGUCAUGUUCAACUUCCCUGAUCAAGCCACAGUAAAGAAGGUGGUUUACAGUUUACCUCGGGUGGGAGUUGGCACCAGCUAUGGGCUCCCUCAAGCAAGACGGAUCUCUCUUGCGACGCCAAGGCAGCUUUUUAAGUCAUCUAACAUGACUCAGAGGUGGCAACGGAGGGAGAUUUCAAACUUUGAGUACCUCAUGUUCCUCAACACAAUUGCAGGGAGGACCUAUAAUGAUCUGAACCAGUAUCCUGUCUUCCCCUGGGUUCUAACGAACUACGACUCCGAGGACCUAGAUCUCACAUUGCCAGGGAACUUCAGGGAUCUCUCAAAGCCAAUCGGAGCACUGAAUCCAAAGCGAGCUGUGUUCUAUGCCGAGAGCUAUGAGACAUGGGAGGAAGACGGGUCUCCGCCCCACCAUUAUGCAUCACUCUAUUCCACCGCAGCAUCUACUCUAUUCUGGCUUCUCAGGAUAGAACCCUUCUCUACAUUUUUCUUGAAUUGUAAUAACAACAAGUUUGACCAUCCUGAUCGGACAUUUUCCGGUAUUGCACGCUCUUGGCGAAGUUGCCAGCGGGACACGUCUGAUGUUAGGGAGUUGAUCCCUGAGUUCUACUACCUCCCUGAGAUGUUUGUGAACAGCAGUGGAUAUGACUUGGGGGUGAGAGAGGACAGAAUAGCUGUGUGUGAUGUGGACCUACCAGUCUGGGCCAAAAAACCAGAGGACUUUGUUCGCAUCAACAGGAUGGCACUGGAGAGUGAAUUUGUGUCCUGUCAGUUGCACCAGUGGAUUGAUCUCAUCUUCGGCUACAAGCAGAAAGGACCGGAGGCCAUUAGGGCACUCAAUGUUUUCCAUUACCUCUCGUACGAGGGCUCUGUGAACCUGGACACCAUCACUGACCCCCAGCUCAGAGAGUCUAUGGAGGCACAGAUUCAGUCAUUUGGACAGGCUCCAUCACAGCUUCUCAUAGAGCCUCACCCUCCACGCAGCUCCGCCAUGCACCUGUGUUUCCUUCCGCAGAGUCCUUUGAUGUUUAAGGAUCAGAUGCAGCAAGAUGUGAUCAUGGUGCUUAAAUUCCCCUCCAACUCUCCUGUCACACAUGUGGCAGCCAACACGCUCCCUCACCUCAGCAUUCCUGCUGCGGUCACCGUCACGUGCAGCCGACUGUUCGCUGUCAACCGCUGGCACAAUACAGUCGGUCUCAGAGGUGCUCCUGGAUAUUCAUUAGAACAGGCUCAUCAUCUCCCUAUUGAGAUGGACUCUCUGAUUGCAAAUAACUCUGGGAUUACUAAAAGGCAGAUCACAGAUUUGGUGGAUCAAAGCAUUCAAAUCAACACGCACUGCUUUGUGGUGACAGCAGACAACCGCUAUAUCCUGGCAUGUGGUUUCUGGGACAAGAGUUUCCGUGUUUACUCCACUGAGACAGGUAAACUUACUCAGAUUGUGUUUGGUCACUGGGAUGUGGUGACUUGUCUUGCACGAUCUGAGUCCUACAUCGGGGGUGAUUGCUACAUUGUCUCCGGCUCACGAGACGCCACUCUUUUGCUUUGGUACUGGAGCGGUCGACACCACAUCAUUGGAGACAAUCCCAACAACAGUGAUUACCCAGCGCCUAGAGCAGUUCUGACGGGGCAUGACCAUGAAGUGGUGUGUGUGUCAGUGUGUGCCGAACUGGGACUUGUCAUCAGCGGGGCCAAAGAAGGCCCAUGUUUGGUGCACACCAUCACAGGUGAUUUACUGCGGGCCCUGGAAGGCCCUGAGAUCUGUAUUCAGCCCCGUCUGAUCUCUGUGUCAAGUGAGGGCCACUGUAUCAUCUACUAUGAGAGAGGACAGUUCUGUAACUUCAGCAUUAAUGGAAAACUUCUGGCACAGAUGGAGAUUAAUGACUCCACACGUGCCAUUCUAUUGAGCAGUGAUGGACAGAAUCUGGUAACAGGAGGUGAUAACGGUGUUGUUGAAGUGUGGCAAGCCUGUGACUUUAAGCAGCUGUAUAUUUACCCAGGCUGUGAUGCAGGCAUCAGGGCUAUGGACCUGUCUCAUGACCAGAGGACUUUGAUCACUGGGAUGGCGUCAGGCAGCAUUGUGGCAUUUAACAUUGAUUUCAAUCGAUGGCAUUAUGAACAUCAGAACAGAUACUGACACAGAACAGAGAGAGCCCACUGUUUAGGGCCACAGUUGAAGCAGUGAGAAGGUCAAGGUCAUUUUCUGCUUGACAGUUGAUGGUGUCCUUCAGUUCAGGGUGGAGUUAAACCCAGAUGAAACCACAAGACAUAUCUCUAAAGUAACGUAGACCUUUAGGCUUGUCCUUCACUCCCCACUUACUAUGAUGAGUUGCCUAAAGUCCUUUCGUCUGCAAACAUCAUACUCGAACAAGACAGGAGGACAGCUGUACUGGAUGGACUGUACCCAAACAGAAGAGGCUUUGAGAUAAAAUGCUAACAAAACAGAUUUGGAGGGGUUUUGAGGGGUCUAGAUUGAGACGCAGCCGUGAACUUAAUCUCUGUAAAUACAAAUUGCAGCUUUGCAGUUCUUCACUACAAGGGGAUCAAAAUCAUAUUUCCCGCUCGUUCUAAAUUACGGAAGAUCCCAUCACCUUUAAUUAAUGACUUGCUGUAAGAUAUUGUGUAGUUCCAACGACAUGAUGAUGCUUUCGACAAUUAUAGAUGAAGGCCUGCUGAUUUACAGGGAGGAAGUGAACUAUCAGACAGGAAACAAGCUUCUCUUUCCUCUUUGUAUAUUUGGUAAUUGUUUUGUCAUAUAUGUAAAUAUUGUGAUGGUUAGAAAAGCCAGGCAUGUACGCGGGCCAUAAAAAAAAACAAAGAGGAGAAAAACGCAACAAAAAAAGAAACCCUCCUUCACUCACACAUUUGAUUAUUGAUUAGGAAAACAUUUAUUAAUGUGAAGUUUAUUGUAUCAAACACUUUGCACCAGUGACAUCCCAUAACUUAUCAAUGUAUUGUUUUUUUUUUUUUUUUUGGUCUUCAACCACAUUUAAGGCCCAUUCUCCAUUGUAUAAUUUGUGCACUGAUGUUUGUUGUAUUUAAAUAAUUAAUAUUAUAAUCAUUUUUGAGGAUUACGUUGUACAACCACAGCCACAGUAAGCAAUAUCCUUGUAGCCGAGAGUGACUGCAGAAACUCUGUUUAAUAUGUGGAAUAAGAGAUAUUUGAAGUGCAUAUACUCAAAAACCAUUAUUUUCAUCCUCUUUAGAUAAACAAAAGUGAGAGAAGAGUGUGAAAAGGGUAUUUUUCAAUCACAGGUGAAACACUGAAUACUUCAAUGUACUGUAGUUGUUUUACUGCAGAAGUGUAAUUAAUAGUCAGCUGGGAGCUUAAUGUUCAGCAGUGAAAUAUGAAUAAAUUAUGCAAAGAAUGUGUUGCAUUGUCAUUGGCUGUGAAUGUGAAUAUACAUGAGACAGUGGUGCAUACAUAACAUGCAGUGCUUUCUCCUUGUUGGUGAGUGGUCGGUACUGUAGAUUUGAUUUGUACAUUUGCUAAAUAUUUUUUUUUGUUUGUUUCUUUCGCAAUUGCAUAUAAUUAUCUUAAUGUAUUUAGUUUUAAAUUUUGUUUGUGGAGAGGAGGCAAAUUGUAUUGGCAGGAAGUAAAGAAAGUAUUUUAUUUUAAUUUAGUAAUUUAUUUAGAUUGAAAUGUAAUUUUUCAAUUCAGUCCCCACCUACAGUCUCAUGCAUUUGCUGCAACUUGAAUAAGCCAGAAUCUCACAGGUGUCUCUUAAAAAAUGUUUAAAUAUUAAUUAAUGCCAAUAUAUUGAUCAACAACUGUAAGAUAAAAUUGUUUCCUUUUUGUCGUAUUUACAAUAAAACAAACCAA